AUGCUUACAGAAUUUCAUGAUGGAACAGUCAUUUACUUCCACAAACCUUGUGUUUUACAGGAACAAGUCUCCUCAAGAACACAUGCAGUGCAAGAAAGCUUGGUGAUGGCUGUAAGAAAUCUGAGUGUGGAGACAACCUUUGCCCUCUUAGGUUUCACUGAUUCCCCAGAACUUCAGAUCCCUCUCUUCCUUGUAUUCCUGAUCAUGUACAUUGUCAUGGUGGUAGGAAACCUUGGGAUGAUAAUAAUCAUCUGGGUUAACCCCAAACUUCACAUCCCCAUGUACUUUUUCCUUAGUCGCCUGUCAUUUGUGGACUUCUGCUACUCUGCCAUUGUUACUCCCAAAUUGCUUGAGAACCUGGUCAUGGAAGACAAAACCAUCUUCUACUGGAGCUGCAUGUGGCAGUUCUACCUGUCUUGCUUUGCUGUGGUGGCUGAGUCCUUCUUGCUGGCAGUGAUGGCCUAUGACCGCUUUGUGGCCAUCAGGAACCCCCUGCUGUACACGGGUGCUAUGUCCCAGAGACUCUGUGCUCUGCUCGUGGUUGGAUCCUACUUCUGGGCUCUGUUUUGCCCAUUUGUGCUCUUCUGCUAUGCUCUUCAGCUAAGCUUUACUGGAUUUAAUGUCAUCAACCACUUUUUCUGUGAAUAUACAUCCCUUAUUGCAGUCUCUGUCUCUGACGUGCACAUCCCUCAACUGAUGCUUUUUGGCUUUGCCACCUUCAAUGAGGUGAGUACACUUUUGAUCAUCCUCACCUCCUACAUAUUUAUUUUUGUGACAGUCAUAAAUCUCCCAACUGCCAGUGGGCGUCAAAAACCCUUUUCCACCUGUACCUCUCACCUGACAGCCAUCACCAUCUUUCAUGGGACCAUCCUGUCCCUCUAUUGUGUGCCCAACUCCAAGAACUCAAGACAGACAGUCAAAGUGGCCUCUGUGUUUUACACAGUUGUCAAUCCCAUGCUAAAUCCUCUGAUCUACAGUCUGAGGAACAAGGAUGUAAAGGAUGCCUUCUGGAAAGUAGUAGAGAUGAAAGUCCCUUUCCAUCGAAUCAAUCCCAGGAGAUGUUUUCAGCCUUAG